AUGCAGGCUGUGUACUGGUGCGCGGUCCUCCUGCUGCAGCCCACCUUCUACUUGGUUACCUGUGCAAAUUUAACAAAUGGAGGUAAAUCAGAACUUCUUAAAUCAGGAAGCUCCAAAUCCACACUAAAGCACAUAUGGACAGAAAGUAGCAAAGACUUGUCCAUCAGCCGACUGCUGUCACAGACUUUUCGUGGAAAGGAGAACGAUACAGAUUUGGACCUGCGAUAUGAUGCCCCAGAAACUUAUACUGAGCAAGAUCUCUGGGACUGGCUGAGGAACUCCACAGACCUACAAGAGCCUCGGCCCAGGGCAAAGAGACGGCCUAUUGUCAAGACUGGGAAAUUUAAGAAAAUGUUUGGCUGGGGCGAUUUUCAUUCCAACAUCAAGACUGUGAAGCUAAAUCUGUUAAUAACAGGGAAAAUCGUUGACCAUGGCAAUGGGACGUUUAGCGUUUACUUCAGGCAUAACUCCACUGGUCAAGGGAAUGUAUCUGUGAGCCUAGUGCCCCCUACAAAAAUAGUGGAAUUUGACUUGGCACAACAGACAGUGAUUGAUGCCAAAGAUUCCAAGUCCUUUAACUGUCGAAUCGAGUACGAAAAGGUUGACAAGGCUACCAAGAACACACUCUGCAACUAUGACCCUUCAAAAACCUGUUAUCAGGAGCAGACCCAGAGCCAUGUGUCAUGGCUCUGCUCCAAGCCCUUUAAAGUAAUCUGUAUUUACAUUUCCUUUUAUAGUACAGAUUAUAAACUAGUACAGAAGGUGUGUCCUGAUUACAACUACCACAGUGACACACCCUACUUCCCCUCAGGGUGA